UUCAUUCGUUUUUAAUAGAACCCUGGGGACAUAAAUAGGCCCGAAUUCUGGGAAAUACUCAUAAACAAGAAGACAACACAAGAAAUAAAGUACAUUCAUAAAAAUAAUAAAUAAAAAAACAAAGGAAGGGCCAUCACUUGAGUAUAAUCAGAUGAAGAGAUCAAACGAGAUACUGAAUACUGAAAUUACAUUACAAUACAAUUCUCUUAUGAAGAACGGUUAAGAGUUGAAGAAUUUACAUUUAGUUGCUUAUAUUCUCUUUGGAGAAGUUGGGAAAAGAUCCAAUCUGACGUCAUUAAUUCCGAAAAGAUUUUUCGCUUGAAGUUAACAGUUAGCCACGCCCAACCGGUACACAGGUAAACUCAGGCGAGUCUCUCAUAAACCAUUCAUUCAUUCUGAGUGUUGGAAGGGCUUCAGGAGAGAUGGCAGAUUCCCAGAUCGUGUGUAUGGAGGACGGACUCAUGCCCGCCGAUGUGCCCGAAACAAACCCGAGCUUCUACUACAGCGAACAGCAGCGGGUGGCGCUCGAGGCGCUUCUCAAAAACGGAGACGGUGCCUUUAAAACCCUCCUAAAGGACGAAAAAAGCACAGAUUUCCUCUCCGCCCGAGAACUCAAGACCAUCACCAGCACUUUCAUUACAUAUAAAACCGACGAGGAAGAAGCAAAACCGGAGACCAAGGCGCAAAACGAUGACUCGAAAUCCAUGCGCUCCACAUACUGGCCACAGAUGUCGGAUACGGAGGUGCCCGCGCUGGAUAUGGGGUGGCCCUCAUCCGGGAUCUUCAGAGGAGGGACCCAGAUCACUGUCUACACACACCCACCCAAAGAAAACGACCCGCACAUCAGACAAGUUGUGAGGAAAUUAAUCCAAGAAUCCUGCAAGGUGAUUGCUAUUGUGAUGGAUCUGCUGACAGACAUACAGAUUCUACAGGACCUGUUUGAGGCAUCCAAGCGUGGUGUGCCCGUCUACAUUGUGCUGGAUGUGCAGGGAGCUCCACACUUUCUCGACAUGUGCAAUCGACUAAAAGUUGGUGCUAGAGAGCUGAAGAAUGUCCGAACUCGAACCGUCAAGGGCAUUGGAUUUGAUCUGUCAUUUGGAAAAAUCCCAGGAAACGUUCACAGCAAAUACAUGCUGAUCGAUGGAGAAAAGGUUGUGUUUGGGACGUACAGUUAUUCUUGGAGUUGUUCUCGGAUGGAUAGAAACAUGAUCACUUUGAUGUCCGGUCAGGUGGUGGAAUUCUACGAUAAUGAUUUCCGUGAACUUUACGCCAUCUCUGACAAACUCGACCUCUUUAAAGAGUUUCACCUCACUACGCCUCAAACGGGGGCGCUGGCACAGGCCGCAGUGACCCGACGACCUUUAAACACCACCUCACGCUUCCAGGUCAAUCUAGGAGACAUGUCACGCGGCAACGUACCGGCACACAAAUACCACAACCCCAAAUACCUGCUAGCCCUCGGACAGAUCCCAGAUUCCAACCAAACGUCAACGCUGGAAGUCUUCCUCAAUUCACUGGAAACGCCUGCACCGGAUCAGCAGGAUCAGCUGGAUGAACAACCGGAAAACCCAACAUCAUCUCAGACCGGCUCGGAGGAAUCCAAAGGACUCCAGAAACAGAGCUCAAAGAAGAAACGUGGGUUUUUUUCCGGUGUUUUUAAAAAGAAACCAAAGAAAGAAAAUAAACCUCCUAUGGAAGCACUUGAUCCAACAGACACAACUACACAAACACACACUACAGACAACACAACUAAACAAACACACACUACAGACAACACAACUAAACAAACACACACUACAGACAACACAACUAAACAAAAAGACACCACAGAAGAACAGACAGAUGAGAACUCUAAAAUGAAUGACAAAGUAAAAAAAAAGAAAAAAGGUUUAAAUGUUUUUAAAAAAGCAAAAUAAGUAUUAUAAGUUAAGGACUCUUUCAUAAGAGUGAUGGGUUUUAUGUUCUUAAGGGACGCACAACAUUUACCUCUACACAACUCUGAAUGUAUCUCCUAAAAUCAUUUACUACUCUCCCUAUGGUGAAAAUUAAGUUUUAAUUGUUGUUUAUGUGGUGUUUUUAAGAGCACCUAUUUCAUUGCUGGAAAUCAAGAAUAUUUGAUGUAUUUGGUGUAAAUCAUAAGUGUUUGUGUGGUUUAUGGUUCAUUAUUUUCCACACCGUACAUUAUUGUUGCUCUAUGCCCUGCCUCCCUCAAACACUCUCAUUUGUUACAAAGCUCAUCGAUCUGAAAAGUGCUGUGUCCUCUGAUUGGCCAGCUAAUCUGUACGUUGUGAUUGGCCUGAAUACCUCUGACGUCAGCUGAAAAUGUAACGCUUCUUACCAUGUUUUGAAGAUUCGCUCACAAUGCAACGCUAACAGGAGUUAAUAUCGUCUUUACUACCUUAUUAAUACGAGCCGAAUCUGAUCCAGAAAAUGCAGAUGACCAAGCUGAUCGAUUAACUUUACCAGAGUAGCUUAACCAGGACGUAACAGAUUGGUAAGAUAAGAAAACUAAAACAUUAAACUAUGUCUGCAUUUGUGAUCAAAAGUGUUUGAAUCAUGGUUUAGUCCAGUGGUUCUCAAACUGGGGGCCAUGGUCUUUAGGGGAAUGCGAGAUGGUGCCCCAGUUUUAUGACAUUUUAUGAAAUACAUGAAUUUAUUUUAAAUUCUGUGUAAUUAAACCUCAGAAAAAUAAGGCCAGUAGCAAUUUACAUCGUAUAAUUGAAUGGGUUUUUAUUUAAAUUUUAAGUUUUAGAAUGUUUUUUGUUAUACAUUUGGGGGGGCAUGAAGGGAUGUAAAAUACACAAGGGGGGCCGCAUGCCGAACAGUUUGAGAACCAUCGGUUAGUCAGUAGUUAAUUCUUAAAAUAUGAAAUCAUCAAUAACUUACAGGCUGUGAGUGAGAAGCGGGAGGAGUUAUGAUAAUGAGCGUCGUGUCCACGUCAACAGGCCCAGGAAGUAAACCGUUGCCUACAAUCUGUGGGUUUGGUGUAGUCCAAGAAAAGAGAUUUAAGUUGGAGACGAUAACUUGCGUCAUCAUUUACUUUGGGGUUUGUACCUUUACAUAUCGUUAACAUGAACUAAUACACACUUGCUCUAAGCCAAGUGCAAAUUCAUCCUUUAACACCACUGCUGAGCAUUUUCUCCAUAAAAUUGGAGACCGUCUCAUUCCUGCGGUUUAAAAUCACCUCAGUUUCCUAAUUCACAAACGUGUAAUCAAUCAAUCACAUCAUCACAGUUAAACAAGUGGAUCAGUUCGAGUUAUAAAUAUUAUUUGUGGAUGUCACAUAGACUCGGCUUUGAAACGAUCUCAGCACCGCUGCUUUAUCUCUGUUUCUGUGAUGCUCACAUGUGCUGUGUGAAUGCUCUCUAAACCGUUAACAUCAGCGAUUGAAGAUUAGUGCUGCAAACACAAAUGCAUUGUGUGAAACCAAACUUAGCAGUUAUGUGUCUGAAACUGAUGAAUGUGGCAUCUAUUUACAACUAAUAUCUAAGCUCUGAGGUGGGUGGAAAGAGUGGAGGCGGGGACUAAUUUGCAUAUUCAUAGAUCUGCUUAUACUAAAUGAGGUACUGUAAGGGUGUAGAGUUACAUUUCAUCUGUUUUAAAGCAUGAAGAAAUGACUGUGACAGGUAAAAGUUUGACACAUAUGCUAUUAUGAUGCUCAAAGAUGAGUUUUAAAUAAGAAAAUGAUCAAGAGAUUUACAGUUUCAGAUCUCUAGAAAGUUGAUUUUAUAUGGACAGAUGCAUAGUCAAUAGUUCAUCAGCUCAGAGAUAUUUUACUCAAUAGUUUUAUUUCUGUCAUUAUUAUUUGUUGUUACAAGCCAAUCAUUAUUUUUGUUGGGUUUUUUUGCGAAAAAAAGAUGUAAUGAAGCAGGAAACAGAAGCACCAUUGAGUUCCAUAGUAGGAAAAAAUACUAUUAAAAAAGUACAUUUCACAGCGUUUUUCGUCAGAUUCAGAUCUUCUGUGACAGAUCCACAAAGGUCUUGACAUGGAAACAGGUUCUCAAUGCAGAGGGUUUGCAUUACUAACAAACAAGUGAAAUCAAUAUUUUGUGUUUAUGUUUUUUCAUGUAAAAUAAUAAUAUAAUAAAAUCAUUCAAAGAAAAGUCUCCCCAGGAUAUAAAUACAAGCAUGUUUGUGUUACACGCAGACACAAACACACACGCAUAGACAUUAUUGUUUUAUACUACACAAAUUGUAUAUUUUAUCCACUCACUCAUUUAUAAAAAAUACUGUUUAGUAUUUUGGCCUUAAGGACACAGGAAAACCACGUUUAUGUUGUUAUUGUAUAUCAUUAUACAGUCAAUACGGUUACACUUUAUUUUGAUAGUCCACUUUAAACAUUCUACUAACUAU